UCGACAGUCAACACUCAACAGUAGAGUCUAAGACUACAAAGAGGGGAGAUGUGUGUCGCUCCUGUGAUUCUGUCGUGACGUGGGGGAGGGACAUAAGACCACUGACAACCCGAACUGAGAACGAAAGAAGAACUGUCUGUCCUUGCCGUUGUGUGUGCUUGCUAGAGAAAAAGGUGGUGUUGUCGAAAACGUAUUGAUUCGAGGAUAACAAUCAAUGAACAGAAAUUCGGGAUAUUUUAUAGUGUUCGCUGUGUUUUUUGUUUGCAUGUUUGUUAGUGGGCCUGUGUGGAUUAGUGUUUGCCAUAAAUUUCACGUAUGGCAAAAACUACAGUCACCCAUUGUAAGCUAUAUAUUGCUUUAGAAAAUGAAUAUAUCGGAAGCAGAGUUAAUGAGCACUACACUGUAAUAUUAAGCCACAAAGUGAGGUAUUGUGGGCAUGACAUUAUCUGAAGAGUCUAGAGGGUUGUACUAUAAUCGAAAAUUAUUGGCGCCACACUGACCACACUGGAAAUCUCCGGAAUAACUCGUCACAAGACCACGUACGACAUCUUCAAGACGAGCUACACAUCUUGGCUACAAGUGAAUCAUGGAGGGCCAACGAUAUUGAUCCCUCAUGACCAACGUGUAGACAGUGAGAUAAGUCAGCCCCAGUUAAAGAGCCCUCUCAGUCCUUCAGUCCUGCAGGAUGGGGCAGGCCUCGGUGAGUAAGCCCUCCAAUCCUCAGCAGGGGGAGGUGGACAUGGCCAUGGAGGCAUCGCACUUUUUUCAUAACUCCAGGGAGGAAUACAGUACCAAACCCACCAUAAUGCUUCCCUCCCAGCCACCUUUCCCUAAUAAGACGUCAGAUAAUACCAGCGUCAGAAGGAAGAGGUCGGUCCAUAAACGGAGGAGUUCCGUUUCUGAGGAUAGAGAAGAGGAAGAGGAGGAGGAGGACGAGAGUUUUUUCGCUUCUCCCUUGAGUUUAUCGCUUCACUCGCCCAAAAAGUUUGACACGGAGUAUCAGCAGCUGGCCGACGUUCUGUACUCCGCUUUUCAUCUGCACACCACUCGGGACCCCUUAUUGCAGCGGGUGGCGGAAAGGGGGGCGGGGACGGGGGGCGCAGGUAGUGGAGGCCUAGCAGGUGACGAGGCACCCAGCAUGGAGGAGUUGAGCAAAGAACUGAUGGAUGUCUUCGAGGUGGAUGAGACGACCAUGGGAGCGAUACGGGAGGAAGUGCGGACUAGAGAACCUCCACGAGUCGCCGUUCAAGUCAACAUCCACGAAGCCAAGGAACUCAAGCCCAGGACUCCCAAAGAAACGAGUCACACCUACUGCCUGGUGCGGGUGUCGGGCAGCAGCGAGACCUUCAAGACGCGGGUGCUCCCUGACACACUCUCGCCGAAAUGGGAGUCGCAGUUCUCCAUGUGGAUCCCCGCGCGCCAGGAUGCCAAAUUAACCCUGGAAGUGUGGCAUGACCCGCAAGAGGCCGGGGUGGAAAACCUGAUGAACGUGAAGGGCAUCCGGGAGUUCGGCCGCCUGGUGCGGGACGCGGCCACCAACCUGCAGCCCAACGAAAUGAGGAACCUGUUGGGCUCCGUCACUGUGCCUCUCGCCGAUAUAAAGGACCAAAGUAUCGAUGCUUGGUACAACCUUGUGAAGGGUCGUGAGGAGGAGUUCAACAAAGUAUCACCCAGAGAGAGCUUCAGGGCCAGCAAGAAGAGAGGAUCCGUGCGCCUGACCCUCAAAGUCUCUACCAUUUCACAGUUAAAUUUAAUUGGUCCCCACUGGUUUGAUGGCUUCUUGAGUAGAGUAAUACAGCACCACCUCGGGUACCUGAGCAGCUUUGAAAACUUUCAUCGGGGAAGGAGCAGAAGGAGUGAGCGUGCUGUAUUCAACCUCAUUGUCAGUCCAAGGAGCACAAAAAAUAAUGGUGCUGUUAUCAGCAAGAGCUGUAAAGGUGAAAUCGACAGGAACAGCUCAAUUAAUAGUGGAAGCAGCUUUCACAAUGAGGGACUCUUGAGGUUUUCACCUCCAUGGAAUGGCACACUGAGCAACACAAAGCUCUGUCUCCUGGAGCACUAUGCCACCACCCUCAACCUCACUCCUCCAGUCACUGCCUUCUCCUGGUGGAAAGUGUGCUCCAGGGUAUGUGUGAUUGAAAGGGCCUUUCUGGGCACCCGCCUCAUAGCUCUACAAGGCUACCUCAGGGAAGGAAGGUACUCGUGCAUUGAAAGAGAGGAGAUCAAGAGCUCGUUAAAACUGUGGAUACAGGCUGAAAUUGAUGCACUAAAAAAUCUCACAACAUUUUUCCCAGCUUCCUCCAAGGCUGUGUCGUAUGCACAACUCGAGGGCAUUGUCAGGAAUUUCAAUGCAGUUGAAAAUGAUGAGAUCACCAGACAGCUUAAUGUGUUCCCAAAUGAAUCUCCAGUAAGUCAGCUGAUCUAUGAUUCUCUAAUGGAAUUUUCAAAAGUUUGGUGGGAAUCGUGCCUCAAGACCAAAGGACGCAACUCUCAUAAUGCAAAUGGAGACCAGCAGCUUGUGUUUGCUGUGAGCGUGGCCGGGGAAGUCUAUGCUUUCCUGGCUGAUGUGUGCAACUUCUACCAUGGUGUGUUUUACAGAGAGGCCAAUAUAUCCUUCCUGAAACUGACUUACAUACUCUUAACAACGGAGCUCAGCGCUCGUGUACGGCCCCUCCUCAACCAUAUCUACAGAUCUUCCACUAAAAAGAAGUUUAGUGAUGACCUUAGAUGCCGCGAGCCAGACAGGUAUUCCCUAGAGUCUGGGACCCCUGUGUGGCAGCUCUACAAGAAGUGUGAAAUCAUUGAAAAUGAGAUAGGAAGAAAUCUUCCAGAGGAGGUGCAGAAAAAGUCUGGUCUCCAAAGCUAUCACCAUUGGUUCCUUGGAGGCAUUGAGAGGUGGAUGGAACGGAUCUUUGUCCGCACCAAGGCUGUCAUGGCAGAAGAUAUUGAAAGAGAUGACAUGAAAACUAAUUCCUUAGGAGUUAGCACUUCUGCAGUGGAAGCAAAAUCAAACUUUAAGAUUCUAAAAACCUCAUGGCAGAAGUUGUCAUGGCCUGAAGAUGUGGAGGUGGAUAAAGUAGUGAAACCACUGCUGCACAACCUGUGUGGACUGGGUCCUUACUUUGCAAGGUUGGUGAUCGAAAAGCUGGCAUCAAAUCUGGAGGGAGAAGCAGCGAGAGAUUUGACUUUUCUUUCAGAGCAGAGUUGCAUUGGAUUGAACAACAUUCAGUAUUUGAGAAAAGAAAUUGAAGCUGUUCCAGAAUUCUUUGAGUUGAGCAACACUGAUGAAGGAAGCGAACCUGUGGUCACCAAAACUUCCUCAGAGAUGGAAGGGUCAGUGUUGCAUUAUAUGGAUGGUGUCAUUGCAAAACUGAGGCCCAGUUUGUAUGGAUCUGUUAAGGCUUCCUGUGACUCUGGAGAUGAAUACCACCUCCUGCAUGAAGUUCUGGAAAAAGAGUUGUUUGUUCUGAGACAAAAGUUGGAUGAUGCAAACUUUGGAGCAUUCAUUCUGAAGAUUUGGAAUGCUCUCAUUGCUAUUUUCAGCAGAAUUGUAGAGAUCAAUUGUGUUAAUCACAAUGCUGAGUACUUCAAGGGUGUGUUCAGGGUGCUGCAGGCCUGCUGGCACUUCUUCAUGCCUGCAGAUUGCACUGGACUGGACCCCCAGCAGCAAUAUACAGACGCAUACCAGGCACUUGAAAAGACUCUGAACAACUUGAAGCUACCAACAGAGUCCCUCAUUACCAAGUACUACAAAGAACGCCACGAUGAACUGCAGAGGGCCCACUCCUGUGUCGCUGAGCUGUCGGUGAGGCCAUUUUUCAUGAAAAGUGGGAAGCUGGUCAUAGAAAUCAUCAUGGUGAAGAAUAACAUCAGCUCCUCAAGGAAGCCGCCUAACACUCAGGUGGCAGUCACGUUGGUGCCGAAUGAUUUGUUCCGUGGGGUCCUGAACGCCAAGACAAAGGUCCAGCGAAAGACUGCAACUCCGCAAUUUGAGGAAAUAUUUGAAGUCACCAUAAAUCCAACUGAUCCUGGAGUAAGGGCCGGCUUCCUCCAGUUCUUGCUCAGGUCCCACUACCUGCUGCAGAGUGAGGUCAUCGGAGAGGCUCUGUUGCCCCUGGAAAAUAUUCCUUCUGUGGACACACCAAAAGCCAGUGACAUCAAGAACAAAUGCUUGAAAAUGAACAUGCCAAAAAGUAAAGUUGAUUAUGAAGCAGCUAACGCUCUCAAAUACAGAACCUGGGAUAGAAGGGCACAACUGUUCCUGCAAAGGAUGUCUUUGAGAAAUUGAGGGACUGAGAUUCCUGAAAAAGAUUUGAAAGUACCAAAGAUAUAUAUGGCUUUAUCAUCAGCAGACCCUAUUGUAAUUGAUGCAAAACUCACCGUGCAAGAAAAACUGUGAUAGUCUUACCUGAUCUAGUUUAUGAAAAUGUCAACACAAGAGCUUUCAAGUCUAAGCUGCAGCAAUAAGCUGGCAGCUGAGUCCAGGAUCUUUUUUUCUGUCUGUGGGCUAGGCAGAAAUGGAAGCUUCUCUCAUAGAGGUAAGAUAUAUAGAAUGUGAUACACAUAUUGGUUGUGAACUAUGUAUUUGUAAGAUGGUAGUCAGCAAUAUUAACAUGUAGACUUGUAGUAUGUAGAUGUAGUGUGCAUAUUUAGGGUCAUUUUGUAAGCAGAAGUGGGCCAAGAGUGAAUGAGCUGCAAAAAGUAGAAGAGGAGUUUAAUGGAAAUGAGGUACAGGGGGGUCGCCUGAUAUGCGAACUUGGGAUAUGUGAACCACCUCAUAUGCGACCUCCUUCCUCCCUCCCUCCCCCCCUUGGGGGGUGGAGCACGUGGGAGCGGUGACUUGACUCGGUAGUCAGAGAAAAGUUUUUUUUUCAUUCAUUUCAUGUUCCCGACUUCGCUAACAUCCAUUUCCUACCAAAUAAUGAACUUGCUGUUACUCACUUCCCGAAGGAAGGGAAAUAAACAAUGGCGCAAUCUGGCAACUCUACUCUGUGAGACGGCUCCACGUGUUCUCUUCAUCAGUACGUCUAAAGCAGCUAUUGCUCUCACAAGCUGUGUCUGUGCUAUGUGCAAGCUAGCCUGUGGGCUAUUGUUGUUGCUGUUGUUGUUAUUAUGGCGCCUCCAAAGAACUCGAAAAAGCAGUUUAUUACGUUGGUAAAUGUGGCUGACCGCCCAUAUACCAUUAUUUACAUGCUUUUUAAGGUUCCUAAUAUGCGAAUUUGCGAUAUGCGAGGCUUUGAACCGCCCAUAUUCUCGCAUAUUAGACGACCCCCCUGUAUAUUCAUUCUUAGCAGGUGUCACCAGUGAUAGGGUCAUAGGACCCACGAAGCUUGAGCUAUUCUCUCAAUUAUCGUAAAUUACCUGUGUUUCUCUGGGACUUCCAACAAUUACACUUCAAUAUAAUAAGUGACACUAUUGUUGAUAAGAAUAUAGCUGAUCAUUUUCGUUGUUUUAUUUAUUGGUAAACGAGAGAAAAUAUAAAUGCUGUCCGGCAGCCUCUCCUCAUCCAAAAUCGUUCUUGUAUGAAAGACCUGUGAAAUCAAGCAGAUAUGAGCUUUUGAAAAAUAUUAUUUACAUUACAUUGCUUUGGGUGCAUCGGUGUCGCCUUUGGUGAAAUUUAUCAAAAACAUUUGGGUGCCAGGCAUCUCGGCAGAAAGCGACCCUCCUUUGUCUUUUGUCCAUGUGUGACACUGGCUUCUGUCCAAUAGUAUUUCCCUCCACCCACAACUUCUGGCUUUAAACGCCAUCACCUUUGACGUGCCCACGUUAUAAUAUGCUGGGAGCGGAAGACGGUGACCUCACUGAGACACAAACAAACUGCCUAACCAGCCUCAAUGCCCUAAUGUUUUUGAUAAAUUUCAUCGAAGGCGGCACUGAUACACCCAUGGCAAGUAGGCCCACUCAGCAAAUACUGUAAUGUAAAUAGAUUUUUUUUUCAAAAGUCCAUUUUUGCUUGAUUUCACAGGGCUUUCAUGCAAGAACGAUUUUGGAUGAGGAGAGGCUGUCGGACAGCAUUUAUAUUUUUGUCGUUUACCAAUAAAUAAAACAACGAGAAUGAUUAGCUAUAUUAUUAUUAAUAAUAGUGUCACUUAUUAUAUUGAAGUGUAAUUGUUACAAGACCCAUAGAAACACAGGUAAUUUACGAUAAUUGAAAGAAUAGCUCAAGCUUCAUGGGCCCUGUGACCCAAUACCCGCUGGCUGGCAGGAGACAAACAAACAUCAAGAGUCUGCAAGAGGCUGGUAGACCUAUUCAAGGCAGCACCUGUGAACCUAACCCCACCCAAUCUCAUAAUCCAUUAGUUUAUCUAACCUUUUCUCGAAUGUAUCCAUCAUAUUGGCACUCACAACUUGACUGCCAAGCCUGUUCCACUAUACCUGGAUGUGUGAUAAGCUCUGUGAUAGAUGAUGAAAGUGAAAGAAUUUAAAAACAUGGAAACAGCUCUAAGUAUGGGAACAUGGAUGGAUAAAUGAAGGGAAAGCAGCCACAGAGUCAGUCGAGAGAGUCAUUAGAUGUAGAAAUGUAAGCAUGGAUGCAAAAAGCAGGCUAAGGAAUUGUUUAGUUCAGUCAAUCUAGAACCCCCUUUCCCAACCCUGGGGUCGACAAGACCUCAAAAUAUCAAACAUGGUGUUAAUAAUUGUACUAACACAUAUACAACUAAACUAGUGGGAUCACAGUCAUGUCUAGAGACACAUGAUUGGGGUUGCCUGAAAAAAAGGUUGGGAACCACUGAUCUAGACCAUUGCAGUGUCUCAGGAAAGGAUAUGGGCAUUGGAAAUGAGUUACAUGGGGAGGGUAUGUGGUUUGAAGAGGUGAGCUGAAGUGUUAUGGAUUGAGAUCAAGAAGUGUUGAAUGUGAAGUGGUUGAAGGGUUAACUCAAAAUUCACUGGGAUGGUUGGGCUGUUAUGAAAAUGCAAUAUGGUAAUUCUUAUGAAGAGGGUAAAUGACAGUCAAAUAAUUGGGCAGGGGUUGGUAGGGAAACUACAAGUAAGGUGGAUUGAUGUGAUGGAGAAAUACAUAGACAGAGGUGGAAAGGGGGAUGUAAAUGUAGCAAAAAGGGAGUGUAUUAACAGGAUAUACUUGAGACUUCUGCCAUGGCCACCCACUCAAGGGAAGUUCCUAGAAGGACCAGGGCAUCAGAACUAUAGAUAGAUAUUAUGUAUAUCUUACAGUAGCAAUAAUAUAAAAGAAUCUCACUUCAUUGUUAAUACAUUUUGUAACCAAUUACAGUGUACUUAAAAACAAUAUGCUUUCAUUCAUGAUUUCUCAUAUGUCGAAAUAUCGUCUUAUGAAUAUGAUGGGCAUUAAAUUGAUGUAAUUAUGGUAUGAAAACUUAAUAUCCUGAGAAAUACAAUAAAUAUUUUUUUAUCAAACUUUGGGUUGUCUCAGACCCAUUGGAAGGCUGUGUUACUUCAGGGCAGUAAGUUGUGGCUUUAGAAGGUUGUAUCCUUAUAUUGUAACAUGUAUCAUAAUAAUUUAAUAGUAGAUUAACUCUUGUUAGUAAUUUGUAUUCUGCACCUCUAUUUGAUUAUACCAUUGAUAAAAAGUAACAUUUUG